CCGGGAUCGGGAUUGGGAUCACGAUCGUGAUCGCGGUGCGGAGCCGCCCGCAUCAGGCGAGGAGCCGGCGGCGGGGCCCUCCCUGCAGGAUGCAGCAGUGAGGAUGAGAGCUACAUUCACGGCAAGGAUGUCCCCAGCCUGCCGCCGCCGGGCCAUGAAGCGGCACAAGUGAUGGUGCCGCGGUGGCCGUGGGCCAUGGCCAGCCCAGCACCAUGGCUGCACCGCACACAAACACAGCUGAGGCGCUGGCAGGGAGAGGAGGAGCAGCAGCAGGAGGAGGAGGAGGAGGAGGAAGAAGACGACGGCUUCCAAAGGCAAAUGGACGAGGAUGGGGUCAUCGGCCUGGGGGAUGACGCCAGGAGCCCUCCAUGGGGCAAUGGAGAGGACCUGGAGGAGAGGUCCCUGGUGCAGGAGGGUCACUGGCACCCACAGCAGGAUCUGGUGGAGGAGGAUGAGGACCAGGGCGGCUCUGGUGGGGAUGAAGGGCCCUGGGGGGCAGAGAGUGAUGGGGACCCCUACCCUGAGCUCUCCUAUGAGGGUCAAUGGGGCUCGGGGCUCAGCAGCAGCCUCGAGGCAUUGCAGGGUCCCCGGGCUCUCUGCCAGCCCCAUGGCCACAGCACAGAUGGGGGGGACACCUCGGGGCUGUCAGAUGCCAGCCCUGACCCUGCCACCCCAUCUCACUGGGGCUGGGGCAUGGCUGGGGAUACUGCAGGGGGGCACAGGACCCCAAAGCAGAGCAUCCUGCUGCACUGCUCCACUGAGGAUCAUCGCGAUGCCACCAGCACCAAGCCUGUGCCAAAGCUGGCACCCCCCAGGACCCCCAAGACCACUGGGGACCCCCCUGCACGGCGGGGGCCCAAAGAGGCAGCACCCAGGGUGCUGCCCCCGCAGCAGUCCCUGGGGCCGCAGCAGCAGCACGGAGGCAGCAAGAAGGCGAGGAAUCCAUCGGGAAUGGGCACCGGGUACGGCCGGGGGCAGCUCAACCACCCCCUGCCCGACCUGUCCAAGGUGCAGGCGCGGGUGAAGGUGACCCGGAGCUAUCGGCCGCCGCGGGGCAGAGCCCUGCCCAGCGCCCCCGGACCCAGCAUCAGCUCCAAGUCACCAGCUGACAUCGUGCGGGAGGUGCUGCUGAGCAGCGGGGAGGGGGUCCCCCUGCAGCCCCCCCCCACCGCAGGGCUGCCAAAGGGGUUCCGCUCCCCUGAGCAAGCCACGGAGCUGGUGCAGCAGCUGCAGGACGACUAUCACAAGCUGCUGACCAAGUACGCUGAGGCUGAGAACACCAUUGACCGCCUGCGCCUGGGGGCCAGGGUGAGCCUGUACUCGGACCCACCUCAGCCCAGCCGCAACCUGGCCAUGGGCACCGUGGGCUCUGGCAGCCGGGUGCUGGCCCUCAGCAUGGCGCAGGCCAGGACGGCAGCGGUCAGCACAGCCCCGGUGCCCUUGCCGGGUGGAGGUGUGUUGGACAGUGUCCCCAUCCAUCAUGGUGGGGGAGCACCCCAGCCCUCUCCCAGCUCAGCACCCAUGGGGGGCUGCCCCACUUGCCUGGGGACCUGCUGCUGCCCCGGGACCCGGCUGACACGGACCCUGGCAGGGCAGGCCCAGAAGCUGCAGGCACAGGUGGAUUCCUUCGAAGGUUGGAUCCAAGCAGGAAAGCCCACACUGCAGGAACAGCUCCAGCGGUUUGGGAAGCUGAAGGAAGCACAGGAUGCUCUGGAGCAGGCGUACCUGGGAGCACGGCAGCACCCGGGGGCCUCGGGGGACUUUGACCCUGACCGUGCUGUGGAAAGGGAGAUUUUCCACCUGGGAUUGCGCCUGGAGGACCUGAAGGAGCGGCUGGAGCCCAGGGCCAGGCAGCAGCUCCCCUCCAAGCGCCUGGAUCAGCCCCAGUCCCCCCCAGCCCCAUCCCCAUCACCAGCUGCCCACUGCCUGCACCCCGAGAGCCCCAUGGUGAUGGAUGGACCCCAGGGGACAGCGGGGAACACUGAGGUGGAGACAGAGGGGUUGCCUCAGCCCCUUUGGCACAAGCAGCAGCAGGUGGAGGAGGAUUUUGGGGACCUGCUGGAGCAGUACAAGCACUUCAAGUCCUUGCCGGAGUCGCUGAGCCUGGAGCAGCUGAGCCUGGCAGGGAGCAGGUCGCAAGAGGAGGCAGAUGGAGCUGCAGCAAGGGAUGGUGGCCCCAGCAAGGUCCCCUGCAGGACACGGUCCUUGGAGGAGGGCUCUGACAUUGAGACCUCUCCCUUGUAA